AUGGCUUUCCUCAAGUCAGAACUCGCCGUCUUCUCCAAUGCGAAGAACUACCGUCGUGAUCCGCUCGUUCCCCUCGUUGUCCCUACGGUCAACCUCCCACAUCUCGACGUGAUCAAGCACCAGCGACAACACCAUAAGCUAGCAAAGGGAUUCCUCGUCUGCAACUCGAAUUGCGCAGUCAUUGGCAUAGUCAUUCCCUUCGCUGCGCUACAAGACAAGUUUGGCCCUAUUCACCAAGUCUCUGUGGUUACGAUGCAAGCAGUCUCGGGUGCUGGAUAUCCCGGCGUGAGCAGCAUGGACAUCAUCGACAACGUCGUACCGUUUAUCUCGGGUGAAGAGGACAAGCUUGAAACUGAGGCCUCAAAGAUCCUUGGCAGUGUGAACGACGAUAUCACAGGCUUCGUUGAUCAGCCCAUGAAGGUCUCUGCGGCCUGUAAUCGCGUCCCGGUCCUCGACGGCCAUACUGCAUGCGUGUCCUUACGCUUCCAACGUCGCCCGCCACCGAGUGCAGAGGAGGUCAAGCAGGCGAUGCGCGACUACGUCUCUGAGGCGCAAAAGCUCGGCUGCCCAUCUGCGCCUUCCAAGGCGAUUGUGGUCAUGGACGAGCCAGACCGACCUCAGCCAAGGCUGGACAGAGAAACCGACAGAGGGUAUGCCGUCAGUGUAGGACGGAUACGAGAAGACGAGGCCGGCAUCUUUGAUAUCAAAUUUGUCGCUCUUAGUCACAAUAGUGAGUUGGCCAAGCUCAAGCUAGCUAGAACUCUGGAACUAAUCCAUUCCAGCCGUAAUCGGUGCUGCGGGAUCGUCGAUAUUGAACGCAGAAGCAGCAGUUUUGAAAGGGUUUGCAUGAUUUAUAGGAUCUGGAUGUCCCAACCACUGCGACCAGCCCCCUUCCAGGACGCCCUUCAUAGUAUGGUCAACCACAAAUACCAUUGUUUUAGAAUUGUCCCUGACCAUGUAAAUUCAAAACUGGGUCUAGGACAAGGACGAUUGAAUUACACUUGCUCGUGUCGCUCCCAUGUCUGCAAGGGAAGCCUAAAACUUGUUUGA